GAGCCAGGGCGGGCGACCGGUUAUCUGGUCGGCGCCUGGGGUCGCCGACGUCGCCUGUGGAGCCGGGCCGGGCUUCCCUCCGCGUCGGUGGGAAAACUACAAAAUGACAGAUAGCUUGGAUGAAUUUAUUGAAGAGCAGAAAGCAAAACUGGCCAGAGACAAAGCAGAACUGGAAAGUGAUCCACCUUACAUGGAAAUGAAGGGAAAGGCACCAGAGAAACUCUCUGAAAGCAGCAAAAUACUAAUCUCUAUGGCUAAGGAGAACAUACCACCGAACAGCCAGCAGCCCAAGGGAUCCUUAGGAAUUGAUUAUGGAUUAAGUUUACCACUUGGAGAAGACUAUGAACGGAAGAAACAUAAAUUAAAAGAAGAAUUGAGGCAAGAUUAUAGACGCUAUCUUACUCAGGGCAUUACACAAGCAAAAAGAAAGAAAAAUUUUCUAUCUACGGGUGAAACAGACCCAUCUACUCUGGGAGUUUCUCUUCCUAUCGACGAGCGGUUAUCUGCCAAGGAAAGGUUGAAACUUGAGCGCAACAAAGAAUACAAUCAAUUUCUCAGGGGUAAGGAAGAAUCCAUAGAAAAGGCCAGACAGGUAGAAAAGAAUAUUGAGCCUAAGAGCCAAAGAAAUAAAAACCCUGUUAGUCACGGCAAACCUGAUCUACCUCCACCGAAACAGACUUCAUACACACAUUCAGAGGCCCCGACAUAUGAAGAGCUUCUAAACCGAAGACGGCGGGAGGAGAGCCGAUAUCAACAACUAGAUGAUGAAAUUGAGUUAGUCAGUAGAAGACUUCUUAAACAGACGAAUGCAGAAGUAGGCAUUUCUGGUACGAAACCAAGCUUUGCCAGCAAGGCUGGUGUUCCGGAGCGAAGAGCUCGAAGGGUUAAUGAGGAGCAAGUGCCUGACAGACAGCACUAUAGAUCUGACCGAGAUCUUGACGUCAGUGAAGAAAUGGACGAGAGAUUUAGAUUUGAAAGUGACUUUGAUAGAAGACUUCUGAGAGUAUAUCCAGAUGAGAGGCCACAGGGAAACAGACAAAGGAAUGUACCUCUUAGGGAGAAUGAGGAUGGUGUCACAGACCAGUCAAACGGACGGAUUUCAUCUGCUGGAAAUACAAGUGCUCAGGAUAAUGAACCACCCGAAUCUGCUCAUCGUGGCUCUGCUGACCCCCUUAUCUGUAGUCCCUUUGCAGGGAUGCUCUUUGGAGGCGAAGAUCGAGAAGCUCUUCGGAGAAAGAAAGAGAUAUAUAGGCAAGAACUACUGGAACAGAUGGCUGAGCAGCAGAGGAAGAAGAAACGAGAAAAAGAUUUACGACUUUCACUUGCGGCGGCUUGUGUACGAGGCCCUGAAAAAUCGUGGAAUGAGUCACACACGUCAUUGCAGUUAAGUAAGGAGGAGCCUGAUAGACUAAAGCAGUUUAGUUUGACACCAAGACCCUUUGAAGAGAUGAUACCACCUGAGAGACCCAGAGUAGCUUUCCAGACACCUCUCCCUCCUCUCUCUGCCCCGCCUGCCCCACCCGUCCCGUCAGUUCACUCCGCCCCUUCUCCAAAUGAAGACUUGCACAGUGGACUCAGCAGCACCCUUGGGGAAAUGGUGCAUCCCAGGAUUAUGCCUCUGCCUCCACCUCCUCUACUACCCACUAUGGCCAGUAACUAUCGGACGCCUUACGAUGACGCAUACUAUUUUUAUGGUGCCAGAAAUACACUUGAUCCCAGUAUUGCUUACUGUGGCCCAGGAGUGAUGGGGGGACCGCCUGCUCCCCAUGUCUCUGCCCCUGUCACUCACCAAGUCGUGCAGCCUCUUGUGAAUCCUGUUGGACAGAAUGAACAGAAAAUUUUAGGUGAUCGAUUCAUGAAUUCAGGACUGAUCUUUGAAGAUAAACCAAAACCUUCCAAACAGUCACUUCAAUCUUACCAAGAAGCUCUGCAGGAGCAGAUUCGGGAAAGAGAAGCAAGAAGGAAGAAAGAACGCUUAGAAAAAGAAGAAUAUGAAGCUAAAUUGGAGGCUGAAAUGCGAAUUUACAACCCCUGGGGGAAGGGCGGAGGUGGCGCUCCUCUCCGAGAUGCUAAAGGAAACCUGAUAACUGAUUUGAAUAGGAUGCACAGACAGAAUGUAGAUGCCUACCAUAACCCAGAUGCAAGGACACACGAAGAUAAAAGGGCUAUUGUGUCUAUAGACCAAAACUUAGCCACUUCAAGUGCUGAGAACCUAGAAGACUCUGCAAAUAAAAACCCAGGUCUUGUGCAAGCACAGAGCUCUCCCUUUGCCCGGGGAAACACAUUUGGUGAGCAGCCCACAGAGCUUCAGAUUAAAGAGCAAGAAUUAUACAAGAAUUUCCUUCGUUUUCAGAUUGAGGAAAAGAAACAAAGAGAAGAAGCAGAGCGCGAGAGGCUGAGAGUGGCCGAGGAGAAGGAGGAAAAGCGACUUGCGGAGCAGAGGGCAAGGAUUCAGCAAGAGUACGAGGAGGAGCAGGAGAGGAGGAGGGAGAAGGAGGAGGAGCAAAGACUAAAAAAUGAAGAACUCAUUCGGUUAGCUGAAGAGAGACGAAAAGAAGCAGAAAGAAAGAAGAAAGAAGAGGAAGAAAAACAUAACUUGCAACUUCAGCACUACUAUGAGAGAGAAAAUAUGAUCGGAGAUGAAACAAAGCAUUUGAGACAACCUUCUCCUGUGGUUCCUGCUCUUCAGAACAAAAUGGCCAGCAAAGCCCAGAGACCUCCUUCAGUCGACACCAUCAUAAGCUCCUUCAUUCAUGAAAGCUCCCUGUCCAGGGCACAGUCUCCUCCAGUUCCUGCAAGGAAGAACCAACUCCGUGCAGAAGAGGAGAAGAAAAAUGUGAUUCUGGAGCUCUCAGAAAUGAGGAAGCAGCUCCGCAGUGAAGAGAGGCGUCUGCAGGGGCGGCUGCAGCACCUGGACAGUGAUGACGAGACCCCCCUCAGGAAGAGAGAAAGGAACCCCAUGGACAUAUUUGACAUGGCCAGGCAUCGGGUACAAGCUCCCGUCAGGAGACCGUCCCCGAAGGCCUUGGAUGCUGCUACUUUUCAGAAUAUUCAUGACUUCAAUGAGUUGAAAGAGAGAGAUUCAGAAACACGAGUGGAUCUCAAAUUAAUGUACCCAGAUCCUCCACGAGAUCAUGACACCUUAGAGAUCCAGCAGCAGGCCCUGCUACGGGAGCAGCAGAAGAGACUGAACAGGAUAAAAAUGCAGGAAAAUUUGGGAGUUGAUUUCGACACCAUGUCCAGUGGGAAAGCACAGGGGUACAGAAUGCCCAGAGAUGACACUAAUGACUUUUUGAAAAAUUCAUUACUGGAAUCUGACAGUGCUUUUAUUGGUGCUUAUGGUGAGACGUAUCCUGCCAUUGAAGAGGAUGCCUUCCCUCCGCCGUCCCAGCUGCCCUCCGCAAGGGAGCGCAGGAGGAACAAGUUGAAAGGACUGGAUUCUGAUAGUAGUCGGCUCCACAUCCCACCAGAUGGUCUCUCUUUAAAAUCUGUCUCCAGUGUAAAUGUCGAUCAGCUCAGAACGAGAAAUGAAGACAGAAUGAGAAGACUGAAUGAGCAUCAGAAGAAACCCACUAACACAGAUGAUGAGAGUUCACUGGUUGACCUUGAUGACAUCAUGAAACACUUGGGUGAGGAUGGAUCCAACUCUGUGGCAACUGAGCCCUGGCUCCGCCCAGGCACCUCUGAAACUCUGAAACGGUUCAUGGCAGAGCAGCUGAAUGAGGAGCAGCGGCAGGUUCCUGGAAAGCCAGGCACUUUCACUUGGCAGGGCCUGUCUGCUGCACACGCUUAAUUCAAAAUAAACCCUCUCUGGACCCAGCAGUGCCUUUUACAAUGGAAGGAACAUUCAGUCUCUAUCUGGAAUGCCUUGCUUGUGGCCCUACCCAGAUUUUAGUUAUUUAUGUUCUAGCUAUAUAGGAAGUGUAUUUUUUCCCAUGAUGAUACAUGUUUUAUAUAUAUUAUAUAUAAUGUAUAUACAAAGCCCUGAUUAUUGAUUUAUAACAUAAUUGUAUAGAAUUAUUUUUGCAAUUUUGCCAUGGGUGGUAAUGAACUCUUGAUUUAACUACCAUAUGUGCAUUAAUUCUGCUUGCCAUUCAGAGGUGAGGAAGUGUUAACAGUACUGUGAAACAGACCACAUUUCGCUUUGUGUCCAAACAGUUCAUAGUGAAUACACCUGCUGUGGCUGUGACUAGUCCAGCUGCUAUGUAAAUGAGCGACUCCAACAAGCCACUCAUUUUCACGCCAUUUGUAGCUGCAGCUCCCACAGGAGUGAAGGGAGCUGUGACCAUCUCACCUCCACGAGCCAUCUCUCUGCCUCCAUUUUAUUUUUAUGUUGAUAAAAGCACAGACUCACUCAGUUACUAAUUUAUCUGAUUUCACUAUUUCUUGAUACAAAUAAAGUUUUAUUUUUAUUAACUA